GCCACUCCCGCGCCACUCGCCGUGUGUACCGUCUGUCUUGCUAGCUUGGGCUCUUCCCACCCGCUUCGGCGUCGUCGGGCUUCAGCCACUACUGCCGGAGGUCUAGCGGCCGGGAGGCCCAGAGCGCGUCGCGAGAGCCCCUGAGCCGUGGAGCGAGGGAGGCGCGUGCGCAACCCCGGGCGGGCUCCGGGAGGCCUGCAGCGCGUGGCCCGGGAGGCGAGGGUGGACGCACCGCCGUUUGGGAGUCCUCAGAGCUCGGCGCGGGAAUCGCUUCAUCAUGAGAAAUCUAAAAUUAUUUCGGACCCAGGAGUUCAGGGAUAUUCAGGUUCCGGGGAAACCUCAGUGCUUCGCUCUCCGGUCUGAACAGAGAACAGUGAUUAUUGGCUCAGAAUAUGGACUGAUAGAAGUGGACCCUGUCACAAGAGAAGUGAAAAAUGAAAUUUCUUUAGUGGCAGAAGGCUUUCUCCCGGAGGAUGGAAGUGGCUGCCUUGUUGGUGUUCAGGACUUGCUGGAUCAGGAGUCUGUGUGUGUGGCCACAUCCUCUGGAGACGUCAUACUUUGCAAUCUCAGCACACACCAGCUUGAAUGUGUUGGGAGUGUAGCCAGUGGUAUUUCUGUCAUGAGUUGGAGUCCUGACCAAGAACUGGUGCUUAUUGCUACAGGUCAACAGACCCUAGUUAUGAUGACAAAAGACUUUGAACCAAUCAUGGAACAGCAGAUCCACCAGGAUGAUUUUGGUGAAAGCAAAUUUAUCACUGUUGGAUGGGGCAGGAAGGAGACGCAGUUCCAUGGAUCAGAAGGCAGGCAAGCAGCCUUUCAGAUGCAAAUGCAUGAGUCUGCUUUGCCCUGGGAUGACCAUAAACCACAAGUUACCUGGCGUGGGGAUGGACAGUUUUUUGCUGUGAGUGUUGUUUGCCCAGAGACAGGGGCUCGGAAGGUCAGAGUGUGGAACCGAGAGUUUGCUUUACAGUCAACCAGUGAGCCUGUGGCAGGACUGGGUCCCGCUCUGGCUUGGAAGCCUUCAGGCAGUUUGAUUGCAUCUACACAAGAUAAACCCAACCAGCAGGAUGUUGUGUUUUUUGAGAAAAAUGGGCUUCUCCAUGGACAUUUUACACUUCCUUUCUUUAAAGAUGAGGUUAAGGUAAAUGACCUGCUCUGGAAUGCAGACUCCACUGUGCUUGCAGUUUGGUUGGAAGACCUUCAGAGGGAAGAAAAUUCCGCUCUAAAAAGCUAUGUUCAGCUCUGGACUGUUGGAAACUAUCACUGGUACCUCAAGCAAAGUCUGUCCUUCAGCACCUGUGGGAAGAGCAAGAUUGUCUCUCUGAUGUGGGACCCGGUGACGCCAUACCGGCUGCAUGUUCUCUGUCAGGGUUGGCAUUACCUCUGCUACGACUGGCACUGGACGACUGACCGGAGCUCAGGAGAUAAUUCAAGUGACAUGGCGAACGUGGCUGUCAUUGAUGGAAACCGGGUAUUGGUGACAGUCUUCCGGCAGAGUGUAGUUCCACCGCCCAUGUGCACCUACCGACUGCUGCUCCCACACCCUGUGAACCAAGUCGUGUUCUCUGCACACCCCCAAAAGAGUAAUGACCUCGCUGUCCUAGAUGCCAGUAACCAGAUUUCUGUUUAUAAAUAUGGUGACAGUCCAAGUGCAGACCCUACAGUGAAGCUGGGAGCUGUGGGCGGAAAUGGAUUUAAAGUUUCCCUUCAAACACCUCACCUGGAAAAGCGGUACAAGAUUCAAUUUGAGAAUAGUGAAGAUGAAGAAGUAAAUCCACUGAAGCUCAGUCUUCUCACCUGGAUUCAAGAAGACGUUUUCCUGGCCAUAAGCCACAGUCAGUCCAGCCCACAGUCUGUCAUUCACCAUCUGACCAUGGUCCCUUCCGACAUGGAGGACGAGCAAGGACAGGUCAACAUUAGUUCAUCCAUGACAGUAGAUGGGGUCAUAAUCAGCGUAUGUUGCAGUCCCAAGACCAAGUCAGUAGCAUUGCAGCUGGCUGGUGGCCAGAUACUUAAGUACCUUUGGGAGUCACCCUCUCUGGCUGUUGAACCAUGGAAGAACCCUGGUGGAUUUCCUGUUCGAUUUCCUUAUCCAUGCACACAGACCGAAGUGGCCAUGAUUGGAGGUGAGGAAUGUGUCCUUGGUCUGACUGACAGGUGUCGCUUUUUCAUCAAUGACAACGAGGUAGCUUCAAAUAUCACAUCAUUUGCAGUAUAUGAUGAGUUCUUAUUGUUGACAACCCAUUCUCAUACCUGCCAGUGUUUUUGCCUGAGGGAUACUUCAUUUAAAACAUUACAGGCAGGUCUGAGCAGCAGUCAUGUGUCUAACGGGGAAACUCUGCGGAAGGUGGAGAGGGGUUCACGCAUUGUCACUGUUGUGCCCCAGGACACAAAGCUUAUAUUACAGAUGCCACGGGGAAACAUAGAAGUCGUUCAUCAUCGAGCCCUGGUUUUAGCUCAGGUUCGGAAGUGGCUGGACAAACUUAUGUUUAAAGAAGCAUUUGAAUGCAUGAGAAAACUGAGAAUUAAUCUCAAUCUGAUUCAUGACCAUAAUCCCAAGGUGUUUCUUGAAAAUGUGGAGACCUUCAUAAGACAGAUAGAUUCUGUAAAUCAUAUUAAUUUGUUUUUCACAGAAUUAAAGGAAGAAGAUGUCACCAAGACCAUGUACCCUCCACCAGUUAGCAGCACUGUCCAGGUGACCAGAGCUCCUGAGGGGAGAAAAGUAGACCUUAUCUGCGAUGCUAUGAGAGCAGCCAUGGAGAACAUAAAUCCUCAUAAAUACUGCCUGUCAAUACUCACCUCUCAUGUGAAGAAAACAACUCCAGAACUGGAAAUUGUGCUGCAGAAGGUACACGAACUUCAAGGAAAUGCUCCGCUGGUUCCCGAUGCCGUGAGUGCUGAAGAGGCCCUGCAGUAUUUGCUGCUGUUGGUCGAUGUGAAUGAAUUAUAUGAUCAUUCUCUCGGGACCUAUGACUUUGAUUUAGUCCUCAUGGUAGCUGAGAAGUCACAGAAGGAUCCCAAAGAAUAUCUUCCAUUUCUUAAUACACUUAAGAAAAUGGAAACUAAUUAUCAGCGAUUCACCAUAGACAAAUACUUGAAACGGUAUGAAAAAGCCAUUGGCCACCUCAGCAAAUGUGGACCUGAGUACUUCCCAGAAUGCUUAAACUUAAUAAAAGAUAAAAACUUGUAUAAUGAAGCUCUGAAGUUAUAUCCACCAAACUCGCAGCAGUACAAGGACAUCAGCACGGCUUAUGGGGAACGCCUGAUGCAGGAGCAGCUCUAUGAGCCAGGGGGGCUUGUGUUUGCCCGCUGUGGUGCCCACCAGGAAGCGCUUGAUGCCUUUCUGGCUUGUGGCAGCUGGCAACAAGCUCUCUGUGUGGCCGCCCAGCUCCACUUGAGCAGAGACCAGCUGGCUGGCCUCGGCAGAACCCUGGCAGGAAAGCUAGUUGAGCAGAGGAAGUACAGUGACGCGGCCACAGUUUUGGAACAGUAUGCUCAGGAUUAUGAAGAAGCUGUGCUCUUGCUGUUAGAAGGAGCUGAGUGGGAAGAAGCUCUGAGACUGGUAUACAAAUAUAACAGACUGGAUAUUAUAGAGACCAACAUAAAGCCUUCCAUUUUAGAAGCUCAGAAAAAUUAUAUGGCGUUUCUCGACUCUCAGAGAGCUACGUUCAGUCGCCAUAAGAAACGUUUAUUGGUGGUUCGAGAGCUCAAGGAGCAAGCCCAGCAGGUGCAUCUGGAUGAUGAGGUGCCACACGGUCAAGAGUCAGACCUCUUCUCUGAAACUAGCAGUGUCAUGAGUGGCAGUGACAUGAGUGGCAGAUAUUCCCAUAGUAACUCCAGGAUCUCAGCGCGAUCAUCUAAGAAUCGCCGCAAAGCUGAGCGGAAGAAGCACAGCCUCAAAGAAGGGCAUCCCCUGGAGAACCUGGCCCUUUUGGAAGCAUUGAGUGAACUGGUACAGGGCACUGAAAAGUUGAAAGAUGAAAUACGCCAUAUUUUAAAGGUGCUCUUUCUCUUUGAGUUUGAUGAGCAAGGAAGGGAAUUACAGAAGGCCUUUGAAGAUACUCUGCAGCUCAUGGAAGGGUCCCUUCCAGAAAUUUGGACUCUCAACCACCAGCAGAAUUCAGCCACACCUGUUCUAGGUCCCAAUUCUACUGCAAAUAGUAUCAUGGCCUCUUAUCAACAACAGAAGACUUCAGUUCCUGUUCUUGACGCUGAACUUUUUAUACCGCCAAAGAUCAACAAAAGAACCCAGUGGAAACUGAGCCUUCUAGGGUGACUCUGAUCCUAGCCAGGAGAGCUCCACAGAGAAGACUGUUUUCUUUUCACUCCUCACUCCUCGAGGCCUGGCUGUGAGAACUGGGAGGAGUAAGAUGACGACAUACAUACCUUGGCGUUGAGAGAGCUGCGCUGUACAGCAGACUUCAGCAGGCAUGAAGCAAUUCUGUUCUGUUCUGAUAUGGUUUUAAUCAUUAGCAAAACUUUAUGCUUUAACCAGUAGAGCAUCAUCUUGUAAGGAUUAACUGUUCUUUUAUUUCGUGCAGUUUGAGAGCAUAUUUCUGGUACUUAUGGUAGUCAGGAAAUUGGGUUUCGUUCCUGAUUACAGGUCUAAUUCCUAUUGGGACCUUAGACAAGUCACAUAAUUGCUUUGUGCCUCAGUUAAUUGGGAACAUGUUUCGUGGCUUCUACCUCAAAAAUGUGAAGAUAAGUAAAAUAAUGUUUUUAAAUUGCUUUACGUUCCUGGUGGAGAGCUUUUAAGGAUAAACAACAUGGCUUUUAGUGCUACCAAUAUUUGGUCAAACUUAAUCACUUAAAUGACUUCACCUUGAACUAAAGCAGAAUUAAAAGCUAAACAUAUUCUUUGAAUUCUAAGCUUUUCCAUGCUGACAGCUGUUAUUUUCUCAUAUCUUACAAGGUCAUGUGCUUCCAGUUAUAACUGGGUUGAGCUUCCUCUCACUACAGUGUCCACAGAGACUAUUUUCACUGCCUGUGAAUCUUCUGCCAGACAGUUAGCAGAACAGGUUAGAAUUUCUGAAACAGUAUCAUGUACAGUUGUUACACUGAGCACUGAGCAUCAUAUGGCGUGCACAGUUGUAGGUUAUUCCUUUUUCUCCAAAUAUUGCUUCUUUUAACGUAAUGUUUUGUCAGUGUCUAGGCCAUUUAUUUUUCUUUAUGGUGCUCAACUGAACUCUGCCUUUUAGUUAUUUUCUUUGGAAGAAAUGAGAAUGUUUUCUCUUUUUGGUGAGCCUAGAAAAAGCUCAGUUCAUUUUGACAAUAGUUUGUGGCUGAUUCUUAGGUAAGGUUAAAAAUUUCUUCCAUGCCUGUAACACCAGAACCAGAUGUUCAUUACUGUACAUAAGCUAAUAGGAAAUGCUACUUUCGAUUCUCAGAGUACAGAUAUAUCCAGAAUUGUAAUUUAAGGUUUUCCCUAAUGUAGCACAAUGUUAGCUUUAGAAUCUAGGUAUGUUCAGUGUAUAAUUCAGCUUUUCUGUGUGUCUGGAAAUUUUCACAAAAUAAUAGAG